CAGGAGGUGUUAGCCCUUCCAAGUUUGGUGCGAGAAUCUGAAGUUGUCCUGAAAUUUUUUAGUGCCCUCGACGGACGACGGGGAACAAUUAUAAGGUAUGAAUAUCACCCAAGUUGUAAUUCAUCUAAACCAUCUCCAGGAACUGACUUAAAUCAUUUUCCUGCAGGUCCUCAGAGGAGGAGAAAUUGAAAAACGCCAACAAAGUGGCGGAAAUAUUAAGUGGUAAGGAAAAUAUAUAUUUUUUGAAUGCAGUGAUGCAUAUUAUUGUUAAAACCGGCGUUUGGAAGCUUGCUUAGUUAAAGGAUUUUGCAGUUAACUCCUCUCAAAAUCUUCGAAUGUGUUAAAGCAAUGGACUGUUUCUCAAAAAGGAUAAUAUUAUUUUUGGAUUUGUUUUUAAUAGGUCGAGAUCCGCUUAGAAAUAUACCUGAAGAGGGUCCAUUAGCAAAGCAUAAAACACGGUAUAGUCCCAAUGGGAUUGCAGAGGACUUGCCUGUCUUUAGCGAGGAAGCCAGAGACCAACUUUAUGGAAAGACGAACAGGCAGAAGAAACGACAAUCAAGUGAUGAUAUCCCAAUGAUUACCAGUAAGUCGAGAGCGGCCUCCCUCGAUGCCGAAAUCUGUGACACAAACGCGGAGUCAAUAAGACCUGAUCUGAGGAUGAGGUCAUUUAGUGCUGGUGCUGUUCUUGAUCGUUUGUUAAGCGAACGAGAACAACUAAAGAAAAUGAAGCCUGAUGACAAGUCAAGCGAGCAAGGUUCCAGUGCUGAUAAGAGCCUUUCAGUACAAAGUGGGAGUUCGGCCAUUGACUCUGAAUAUUCUGAAUUGGAGGAGACACGCCCCAACUUAAAGGAAAAGAGUUCACCUCAAUUUGGUGCAAGAAAUAGCUAUGGAAGAGACAGCCCCAGUAGAAAGAAGUAUGUCGUUCUUCGAUCAUUCUUCGCAGAGGAAAGCGGUGAGGUAUCUCUUGAGGAAGGCGAGGAGGUUGAUGUGCUACAGAAAGAGUCCAGUGGCUGGUGGUACGUCAAAAAUGAUUUCUGUGAGGGCUGGGCACCGAGCGCUUUUCUUGCUCCUGGGAGAUCCAGGUCUAUAUCUCCAGAGAUCUUAGAUCAGCAGGAAAUCUCGGACAACCAAGACAAGCAUCGGCAAAUUAACAAAAGUUUGGAUAGCUGGCUCAAACAGAAACGUGAAGACUUGAAAGGACUCGUCCUUCAAGGAAAAGAGAAGGUAAUUAGAAUGUCUUUUACGAGAUAAGCACAUUAAACUCUUAAAUUAGUUACUUACAGUAUAGAAUUGUGAAAAUAAUCCUAAAAUAACAGAUUAAAGUUGUUCACAACUCGAGCUGGGAAAACAGAACUUGCAACAAGAAAAAUGUCCACAACACUAAGAAAGCAAGUACGAAGAGAUCGAUGAAGAAUUGACGAGCGCAAGCUUCUCCUUCGUACCGGAACAACGAGCUACAAACGCCGAAACUAGAUCUAGACAAUUUCAGUGACCUGCAUAAAGAAAAAAACCCUGUUAGACAAAUAAAGCAAACAAAAGUGGAUAAGAACUUUUAUAACACCCUAUUUCCUUAGAUGGAGUGGAAAACGCUAUUAAUUUAAUAAUGCUUAGAAAGGCACAGAUGUCAUCAUAUAAGACAGGCUCUGAUUUUCUUUAUUACAGUUUCCGGAUCGAAACCCGGCGAAUAAAGUAACCACUCAGACCAAGACAUCCGAAAUGAAUCCACGACCCAAGCUGCUUACAGUCGAAGGAAUACAAAAGAGAAAGAACCCCGAUAAAAACUUUGUAAGUAAACUUAUUGUACAUUUUAUUGUUUUCCUAUUUCCAUGAUUUCUGUUUAAAGUAGACGCAAGUUGAAAACUUGGGUGUACUUGCGACACCGUUUGGCCAGGGCUUGCGUGCACUUGCGUUGACUUGCGCACACUUUGGUCGAAAUCAAAUUUGCUCCCAAGUCAGAGUAAGUUUUUCACCGUUUGGCCGCCCAACCCAAGUCAAUGCAAGUUGAGUGACGUCCAUUAAGCUAUUAUUAGCCAAUGAAAAAGAGGAUAGUCUGCCUUAAAAUGUUUUUUAGCGACUUGUGUGUACUUGCAAGGAAGCUUGCUAGUCCGUUUAGCCACCCAACGCAAGUCUCUACCCAAGUUCAACUUGCGUCCACUUGCGACUACUUGCCGGUCCGUUUGACCAGGGCUUAUAACAGGAACCACUAGAUGUUUUAUAGCAAAAACUAGCAAGUUACUAAACAUUUGGUUUUUUGGUCCUCAAGGUUUACAUUCUCAAAGUUGUGUGGUCAGAUGGAAGCAUUAACAUAAUUUACAGGACGUGCAGUGAUUUUUUCUUUCUUCAGGUAACAAAAUACAACUGAGCACACACGCAAAUUUAAAUGUUUUUUUUUUUAAGUUACCCCUGACGUAGGUUUUUGUUGCACAUACGUCAUUAUAUUGUGGAGUUUGUUUGGCUGUUCAUUCUCAAAAAGCAACAUGGAUGAUAUAAAAGGAGGGGCCGGGCGAGAUUUGUUCAAGUUGCCCUCCCCCUCCCACUUUAUUUAUACCGUGACAUGGCAGAUCUUUCAGCAAAUAUGAUAAAAUGAUAAAAGAUCCACUAGUUAUCCCUAACUGAAACUAACUUAAACUACAUACUAUAUAAAAGCUGCUUUACGACAAGGGUGCCGUGUUAAAACUUAGUCAAAACUCUGGUGCGCGUGAAGAAUCUUAAGUUUAAAAUCAUGCAAAGAUAUUGCUUCAUGAAGGUAACUGGAUCGGCUGUUCCACUACCUUGCUAUGUUGCAACAGAAACUCUUCUUCAAAUAAUUGGUGCGAGGCAAUUUAUUUACUUUUGUUUUCAGUAUCGUCUCGAAACACAAAUCACAAAUCUAGAACUCAAAUACUCGGGGGUCAUCCCAUGUAAAGAUUUGUCCAUCAUAACAGCAACUGAUUCAGACCUUUUCAAAUCAAGCCAACCCAGUGCCCGGAACAAUUCAUCGAUAUUGAGGCAUUUCUAGUUCAUAUUUUGGUUGAUGUGCACACGAAGAGAUUUCAUAGACGACACCUACUUCACUGGAUGGUAAUUUGUACUAAAAAAAGAAUUUCAGGGAAUGUUGAUAACCUCUUUCCUCUCAAUACGAAUCAUUACAAGAAAGCAAUUUGUGCAUAGUUAGGACGCAAUAACGACGGUGUGGGAAGAUCGAAAAUAAUUUGAUAUUCUUUGGUCUUGUUGUCCUUGAAUGUAGCUAUGCCUCAAGAAGGAAUUCCCGACAGCCUUUGGAAAGGAAAUCUCUGCCCUUAAAGGUAACAAAAACCUAAAAUUAUUAAUUUUAAAAGUGUGUCAAAGAAACAACAUACAAUAUUCAUGAGAAAUUUGCAUUAAUUGCUUACUUUCCUAGGUAGGAAAUUCAGUGAAAACUGCCGGUUCUGCUUUAAAGACGCAACCUGUAAGAGACAAAGCUUGAUGAACCAAUUUUGCCACGUAAGUCAAAAAGAAUUUUGAUCCAGUCACCAAAUAGAAGUGUAUUCACAGAUUUGUGAACCAUAAUACUUCAGCAAAGACAAGCACCAAAGCAAAACUUUAACACCUUUGAAUUUGUUUUCAGGAAUUAAUCAAUGCACCUGGCAACAUCUCAAAAAGUAAAGUUGUUAUGGACUACUGCAGAUCUCGCACCAGUGAUGUCCAUCCUCAUGGAGAGUGA